AUGGUGCAAGUGGCCGACCGAGGUCUAGAGACCUCUUCGGGCGGAGGCGGCGCUGGCGCUGCAACAACUGCGACGCCUCUACAGGACGAGAGCUCACAGCCGCUUCGCGUCCUCGUGACUGGCGGACUAGGCUUCGUGGGUUCAGCAAUUGUCCGAGCCUUGCAGGAGCAGCAUCCAGACUGGACGGUCUGGAUUUUAGAUACGAAGAAGGACCCAAGGGCAGAACGGAAGGCCGCAACCUCAACCACAGUCGAUGACAAUGACCUGGAUCUGUUGAAGAAUUGCGUGUACGAGUAUGUGCAGGCCGACGUGACGGAUCAAAGCCAAGUGGGAACUGCGUUCAGCGUGGCAAGACCUCACGUGGUUGUCCAUACUGCAGGUGUCGUGCCACCCCUGAGUGAAAGGUAUUCUCGGAGACUAGAAGCCUACGUCAGGCGCACCAAUGUCGAGGGAACGCGGCAUGUCGUGGACUGGGCAAGACGGACUGGGUGCAGAGCACUGGUGUAUACGAGUAGUUGCUGCACCGUGACCGACGAUAUGAGUAAGUCAUAUGCGAACAUCGACGAGAGAUGGCCUGUUGCCGCGAAGUCAUCCAGCUAUGGUGAAAGUAAAGCCGCGGCGGAGAGGAUUGUUCUUGCAGCAAAUGGCCUGCCUACCGACAUUAGACGGAGCGACGCCGCCAGAGGGAACAAAGGCAAUGACCUGGAGAGAGAUGAAGACAGUCGUCGCCCCCAGCGGCCAAUGCUCACCUGCGUCUUGAGACCGUCAGUUAUUUUUGGAGAAGGAGACAAUCAGUUGAUCCCUUCCAUCCAUGCCUGUAUUGCGAAGGGGGAGACGCGCUAUCGACUGGGAGAUGGCCGAAACCUCUGGGAUGUUACGUACGUGGGUAAUGUGGCUGACGCACACAUCCUCGCAAUUGAAAACCUGUUAUCAACCCAUGCAUGUCGGCAAGACGGAGCUACCCACCUUAGAAACGGCGGGAUCGGGGCCGAAACUGCAGCAGGGGAAACGUUCUUUAUUCAGAACAACGAACCCAUCUCAUUUCGGGAAUUCAGCCUUGCCGUCUGGAAAGAGUUUGGGCAUUACCCACCAGCAUGGGAAAUCCAUAUUCCAGAAGGAUUGGGGUGGACACUAGGCCUGUUGGCGGAAGCAUUGACGCGAAUUUCCGGCACGCCAACAACCCUGUCCCGUGGAAGCGUGAUGGACGCUUGUGCCAUGCGCUAUGCCAGCGGCGACAAGGCUCAAAGAGUACUCGGCUAUCGAGCGCGAGUAGGGCUGGAAGAGGGUAUCCAUCGAAGUUGUGUGGACUAUGGGCGACGAUUGGAUCAAGGUCUGGGCUGA